UGUCAACCUUAAAUUUGUUUUGUUUAUUGUUUGAUCCCCACAUUAGUACCUAGAUCUAGAUGAUUAAUGUGUCGUUUUAGUUUUUUUUAAUAAUAAGUUGCACAAUAAAUUAAUCUAAAAUUAAAAUCCUUUUGUGUAAUGUCAGUUUAAAGUUACAUUUCCAAGAUGACCGUUCACUGGAGUUCGGAGAUUAUGAAAUGGGAGUAUAGGGAGUUGCAGGCCACUGCUAUGUCCGUGGAUUACUCCGGCAACAACGUACUACUAGCAGGUCGUAGAUGGCUCGCAAUAAAACACAUUGGCGUCGACGACGUUCCCACAGAAAUCGUGAAAAAGUACCCGCGGCACAGUAAAUACGACGCCGCUGGUGCAGAAUGGUGUCAAACUUAUCCGGGCCAAAAGCUAUGUGCGAUUGCCAGCAAUCAACAUGUGGACGUUUAUGAGUGGAGAGCAGGCAAUGACUUGAUGUGUAUUUGUUCCCUGCGUGGUCAUACCAGAGUAGUGAGUGACACACACUUCCAUCGACAGGACCACAACUUAAUAGCCACAUGCUCCAUAGACACAUUUACAUACUUGUGGGAUCUGAGAGAUACAAGAAAACCAGUGGUCUCCCUAUCAGCUGUAGCUGGGGCGUCUCAGGUACAGUGGAACAAAGUAGCAUCCCAUUUAGUGGCAACAGCACAUGAUGGUGAUAUAAAGAUUUGGGACUACCGCAAAAAUUCUGCCCCUCUCCACUAUAUUUCUGCCCACCUUUGUAAGAUACAUGGUGUUGACUGGAGUCCACACCAUGAAUAUCAGCUGGUAACAUCUAGUCAUGAUGGGAGUAUUAAGUAUUUUGAUAUCCACAGUGCUAGAAAACCUGAGAAUGUAAUAAUGACAAAUUUCCCUGUGUGGAGGGCAAUCUAUACUCCUUUUGGCAGUGGACUUCUUACUAUUGGAGUAGGUUGGGGAGGAUUGCCUAGAGUAGAACAAGCUGGUGUAAUAGGUAUUUGGAUUGGUGGCACAUUAACCCACAGAUUAGUGGGGCACACGGAUACAGUCCAAACAAUGGUAUGGAGACCAAACACGUUGCCUUCAAAUUACCAGCUGGUGACGUGGGGACGGGAUCAAACACUCAGGCUAUGGACAAUGCAUCCGUCGUUACUUAAAAUGUGUUCACACUAUCUACCCGAUGACAUAGAAAAUGAUGACAAUAACAGUGAUACUAGUUACGCAUCAACUGUAAGCUCAAUGAAUGACCUUUCAGUAUGUGAUUCAAAAGGGCAUGAAAUUCAAAUGAAUAAAAUUGUCCACAAAACAACUACCUCAAUAGAUGAAGAGUUCGAAUCUAUACGCGAGAUGGCAAACAUAGAAGUGACUGAUAUGAAUAUUGAGACCAGGACGUGUCAGAUACAUUCAGAACGCAAUGGUUACACUGCCAACCUUCAAGUGACCUUUCCGAGAAAUGUUACUGAACAAACUAUACCUAAGUUUUCUUGGUUGUCCGGGACUAAUGUAGAUGGUGCUACAACCAUCAAAAUUUUACAAGCAAUAAAUAGAACAGCCAAUCGCAAGAAAAAAGAAGGUCAUAGAUGUUUGUUACAUUGCUUGAAAACGUUGGCGACAUCUAUAGAUGAGAUUCCAGUAAAAUCCAGUGAAGACUCAGAUUCGAUGAAGUCAAGCCAACGAAGUCAGUCAGAGAGCGAAAAUGCUGGCGAUUCGUGCAUACCAUUCCCAAGAACUUGCGGUGCGAAGUGGUGUGGAGUUAGUACAUUGGUAGUUUUCAAUCGACCCUCAAACGCUAGACGGUUAUCCCUGAAACACGAGACAGGAACUCCGCGAUCAAUGUCUUCUUUAUCUUUGACGCCGGCUUUGUUUGGAACGGGCUACACUUCCGUAUCACCUCACGCUACCACUACGCCAUCGCCUACAAACGCUUCUGGGUUCCCUCAACUACACCACAGGCACGCUUCGAAUUCCAUCACGACUUUCUACUUUCAGGAUCGAUGGAAAGCGCAAAGUCGCCGAGCGGGCAGUAUGCGUAGCCGCGGAAGCAUAUCAGGUUGCACGCCACCUCGCGUAGUAUUGUAUGCCGCUUCAAGUCUCUUCCCGCUCAAUAGAACUCUGGCCGAGAAGUACUAUAUCAACGCUGAAACCCCUGUCGAUAUGUGCGAGAGAAAUGCGAAGGUGUCGUCAGAGGAAGGCGAAGGAGAGCUAUCCCACGCGUGGGGGCUGGCUGCGUUAGUGGCUAAGUCGCUGGCCGCGCGGCCAGUUGACCACUUCAUAUCCAGUGAAGAGAGCAUGGCUUGGACCAGCCACCCGCUCUGCUGCAACCUUGUACAAGCUUUAAUAUCACACUAUGCAAAAUCAUCGGAUCUGCAAAUGGCGGCCAUGUUAACCUGCGCGUUUUCAGUCUUCAAUGAUACAAGCAAUUCCGGUUCUCAAUCUAUCAUUAGUACAUCCAGUUAUGGAAAUGGCAAUAACACUUCACCGUACAACACAAUAACCCAGUACAGCGAAAUCAGUGCCGACGGUUGGACCCUGCCCGUCAUACUCCGUAGCAACUCUUGCUCCGAGGCGGAAAACUUAAAUACUGAAUACAGUGCGACCAAGUCCGAGCCGUCCUCCGCUUGUGCUAUAGACGAAGCGACUGUCCACCUUUACCACUGCUUCAAACGAGCUUACGCGGACGUGUUGCACAGAUGGCAACUUUUAUACAAAAGAACUGAGGUAAUGAAACUAGUUCGAUGCAAGUUCGACGCGAUUCCAGCGGGCGACGGCGUGGGUGAGGCGGCUUGGGAGUGCGCGUGGUGCGGGCGCACAGUGCGCGGCGCGGCGUGCGCUUCUUGCCGACGGCUCGCGCUGCGCUGCGCGGUGUGUGGGCGCGGAGUGCGCGGACUCGCCGUGGCCUGCGCACUCUGUUCACACGCUGCGCACGCGCAACAUAUGCUCGCGUGGUUCGCCGAACAUGACACGUGUCCUGCUGGAUGUGGAUGUAAAUGUAUCAUAGAAGGAAACUCGCUGUGGAAAGGUGUAAAAUACGUUUAAGACAAGACAGAAGAAAACAAUUGUUGAAAUGAAUCUGGAUUUUUAAAAUGAACUCUGUCGCUUUUAUAGCUUGAAUUUAAAAUGUGAUCUUAAAUAUUGUAAGAACGAUUUAUAGUAAUAUUUUGAUUUUAAUGUAAAGUUAUUAAUUAGUUUUAAGUAUAAAGACUGCCGCUUUUAUACCCACGGAUAGAAUCAGUAAUAAAUGAAAAACAUUGA